UCCUUCCAGUGAGAAUGUAAUUUGAUUCUGAAAGUAGUGGGGAAGGCGCUAGUAAAGUGUUUCCUCAACCUGUCUCCUCACCCUUUGCUCUGCUUACAGUCAUGCGGGAAGAGGACGAUGUCUGCUCAGAGGCCCAGGCUGGGAAUCCAGGCCAUUUGUCUGUUCAACCUGAGUGCUGCUUUCCUCUCCAGGCUGGCUUCUGUAUAGGAACUGCCCUGCGUUCCUGGGGGCUGCAGUUCAUGGAGGAGCAUUCACAGUCCACCAUGCUGAUCGGGAUUGCAAUUGGAGCCCUCCUGGCCCUAGCCUUUGUCAGUAUUGCUGUCUUUUUUGUAUACAGAAGGGUUAACCGAUUCCGACAAGUGCACCCCACUCCUCAGUACAGGUUCCGAAAGCGGGACAAAGUGAUGUUUUAUGGUCGGAAGAUCAUGAGGAAGGUUACCACACUCCCCCACACACUUGUGGGGAACACAGCAGCACCCCGGCAGCGGGCCAGGAAGAGAACUAAGGUGCUAUCUUUGGCCAAGAGAAUUCUACGUUUCAAGAAGGAAUACCCCACCCUGCAGCCGAAGGAGCCCCCACCUUCGCUGUUGGAGGCUGAUCUCACAGAGUUUGAUGUGAAAAAUUCUCAUCUGCCAUCAGAAGUUCUGUACAUGCUGAAAAAUGUUCGGGUCCUAGGCCACUUUGAGAAGCCACUGUUCCUGGAGCUGUGCAAACACAUGGUCUUUGUGCAGCUGCAUGAGGGGGAGCACAUCUUUCGGCCAGGAGAGCCAGACACCAGCAUCUACGUGGUGCAGGAUGGGCGGUUGGAAGUCUGCAUCCAGGACGCUGAUGGCACUGAGGUGGUAGUCAAAGACGUGUUGGCAGGAGACAGCGUGCACAGCCUCCUCAGCAUUCUGGAUGUCAUCACUGGUCACACUGCACCUUACAAAACAGUCUCUGCCCGAGCAGCGGCCCCAUCCACCAUCCUUCGGCUUCCAGCUGUGGCUUUUCAAGGAGUUUUUGAGAAAUAUCCUGAAACACUGGUGAGGGUGGUACAGAUCAUUAUGGUGCGGCUGCAGAGGGUGACAUUCCUGGCUCUGCACAACUACCUGGGCCUGACCACAGAGCUGUUCAAUCCCGAGAGCCAGGCCAUCCCUCUUGUGUCUGUAGCCAGUGUGGCUUCUGGACGGACCAAAAGGCAGGUGUUUUGUGGCACAGAGGAGCGUCUUGAGAAACCUGUACAGCCCCAAGAUCCUUGCACCUCAGGUGCAGAUGGUGAGGUGGCCUGGAAGUUUGUCUGCAGGUGCACAGGUGCUGAGGAGGGCCAUGCCUGGGCCGUGCACUGCAAUCAAGGGGGCAGCUGUCCAGCAGCCUCUGGGCAUUUGCUGAAGAGGAGUUACUCUGUCCCUUUGCCUUCUGUCCAUGAGGAGGUCUCAGAAAAGCUUGGGCAGUCCCAGGCAAGAGAUUCUGCUCUUCCAGGCCCACCAGGGGGCCACAAUGGGGCGACCUCAGACCUGGGGAUGACUUGUGACCGUGCCAGGGUCUGGCUGCACUCAGACCUUCCUGGGAACUCCAUGGCCAGCAAGUCCAAGAAAAACACGAUGGGUGCAGAGGUUCCCUCUUCUCUCCUCCACUACUCAGAGUGUCGCUGGGACCCACAUGGCUCCAGCGGGAAGACGGACGCUAUCUUCCGAGCAGCCAAGGAGGACCUGCUCACCCUGAUGAAGCUGGACGACCCAUCCCUAUUAGAUGGCCGGGUAGAGUUUCUCCAUGUCCCUGCAGGCACCGUGGUGUCAAGACAGGGAGACCAGGAUGUCAACAUCUUGUUUGUGGUCUCGGGGCUGCUGCACGUGUACCAGCAGAAGAUUGACAGCCAGGAGGAUGCCUGCCUGUUCCUCACGCACCCUGGGGAGAUGGUGGGCCAGCUGGCAGUGCUCACAGGAGAGCCCCUUACGUUCACCAUCAGGGCCAACAGGGAUUGCAGCUUCUUGUCCAUCUCCAAGGCCCACUUCUAUGAGAUCAUGCGGAAGCAGCCGUCAGUUGUCCUGGCCGUGGCACACACUGUAGUGAAGAGGAUGUCGUCCUUCGUGCGGCAGAUUGAUUUCGCGCUGGACUGGAUGGAGGUAGAGGCUGGGCGUGCCAUAUACAGGCAGGGAGAUAAGUCUGACUGCACAUACAUCGUCCUGAGUGGUCGACUGCGCUCUGUCAUCUGCAAGGAUGAUGGGAAAAAGCGCCUGGCAGGGGAGUAUGGCCGUGGAGACCUCGUUGGUGUGGUGGAGACGCUGACCCAUCAGGCCAGGGCAACCACGGUGCAUGCUGUUCGGGACUCAGAACUGGCCAAGCUGCCUGCAGGAGCCCUGACGUCUAUCAAGCGCAGAUAUCCACAGGUGGUGACUCGGUUGAUUCGUCUCUUGGGAGAGAAGAUCCUGGGAAACCUCCAGCAGGGAUCUGUGACAGGCCACCAGCUUGGGCUCCACACAACAGGCAGCAAGUGGGACAUAGGUAGCCCAGCUGGCAACCUGUCCACCGUGGCUGCGAUGCCCGUGUCUGAGGACGUGCCACUUACCACCUUUGCACUGGAGCUCCAGCAUGCCCUCAGUGCCAUUGGUCCAGUAUUGCUGCUGACCAGUGACAACAUUAAACAGCGCCUUGGCUCAGCUGCUCUAGACAGCCUCCACGAGUACCGGCUGUCCAGCUGGCUGGGGCAGCAGGAGGACAUCCACCGGAUCGUACUCUACCAGGCAGACUGCACGCUCACACCCUGGACCCAGCGCUGCAUCCGGCAGGCAGACUGCAUCCUCAUUGUGGGCCUGGGCGAGCAGGAGCCCACCGUAGGGAGCGAUGCUCGCUGGGAAGGCUGGAGCGGAUGCUGGAAAGCACAGCCGUGCGUGCCCAGAAGCAGCUGGUCCUACUGCACAGGGAGGAUGGUCCAGGGCCAGCCCGCACCGUGGAGUGGCUCAACAUGCGGAGCUGGUGCUCCGGCCACCUGCACCUCUGCUGCCCACGCCGUGUCUUCUCUAGGAGGAGCUUGCCCAAGCUGGACCCGAGAGCACUCUCUACCAAAAGGGCCUGUGGGAGAUCCCCCUGAAGGAGCUCCAGCUCUGCCCAUUCUGGGCCUUCAUGAUCACCCAUGUGCCUUCUGCCAACAUUCACCCCUGGGUGAGCCUGGGCUGGCUCUGAGGCCCCUGGGCAUCAAGAUGGAGAUGUACGAGCGUGUCUUCCAGCGACUCCCAGACCGGCACUCGGACUUCUCCCGCCUGGCACGGGUGCUGACUGGCAACGCUAUUGCCUUGGUGCUUGGAGGAGGGGGAGCGAGGGGCUGCGCCCAGGUGGGCAUCCUCAGGGCCCUGGCAGAGUGCAGCAUCCCCGUGGACAUGGUUGGAGGGACAUCCAUUGGGGCCUUCAUGGGUGCCCUGUACUCUGAAGAGAGGAACUACAGCCAGAUGAGGAUUCGGGCCAAGCAGUGGGCUGAGGACAUGACAUCAGUGGUGAAAACCAUUCUGGACCUGACCUACCCGAUCACAUCCAUGUUCUCUGGAGCAGGCUUCAACAGCAGCAUCUGCAGCAUCUUCAGGGACCGGCAGAUUGAGGACCUGUGGCUCCCCUACUUCGCUGUCACCACCGACAUCACAGCCUCUGCCAUGCGGGUCCACACAGAUGGCUCUCUGUGGCGGUAUGUGCGUGCCAGCAUGUCCCUGUCAGGUUACAUGCCGCCCCUCUGCGACCCCAAGGACGGACACCUGCUGAUGGACGGAGGCUAUAUCAACAACCUCCCAGCGGAUGUGGCCCGAUCCAUGGGGGCAAAGGUGGUGAUCGCCAUCGACGUGGGCAGCCGGGAUGAGACAGACCUUACCAACUAUGGCGAUGCGCUCUCUGGGUGGUGGCUGCUGUGGAAACGGUGGAACCCCCUGGCCACCAAAGUCAAGGUGCUGAACAUGGCUGAGAUUCAGACGCGCCUGGCCUACGUUUGCUGCGUCCGGCAGCUGGAGAUGGUGAAGAACAGUGACUACUGCGAGUGCCUGCGGCCCCCCAUCGACAGCUAUCGUACCCUGGACUUUGGCAAGUUUGAUGAGAUCUGUGAAGUAGGUUACCAACACGGGCGGACAGUGUUUGACCUCUGGGCUCGAAGUGGAGUGCUAGAGAAGAUGCUGCAGGACAGGCAGGGGCCAAGCAAGAGGAAGGCCUGUGUGAUCCCCACUUGCCCCAAUGCCUCCUUCACGGACCUUGCUGAGAUCGUGUCCCGCAUUGAGCCUGCCAAGAUGGCCACAGUGGAUGGAAGGGGACCAAUGAGGCCCUCCUCUCUGCUCCAGACGAAUCUGACUACCAGACUGAGUAUGAGGAGGAGAUGCCAGAAAUCCCCAAGGACACAUACGCGGACUUCCAGAGCACCCAGGCAGAGCUGGGCUCUGACUCGGAGGGAGAGCCCAUGCUGCAGCAUCCGCACCCUGGCCUGGCUUCCCCACAACAACCCCAGGACAAUUCAUCUUCCUGGCUCCCUGGCCAGACUGCAGAGAAGCCGCUGCUCUGAUGCUCCCCAGAAUCCAGCAUCUCCUGGGAGCCUGACCUCAAGACUGAGGCUCCACCCACUCCUGGGAGGCCACUUUACCCACCUGACAAGAGAAGCCUCAGCCAGCUGGCCGGCCUGUCAAGUCUUUACCCCCAGCCUGGGCUCUUUUCUGCACCCUCUGUGCCUCUUUUCUGCACUGGCACCCCUGCACCCCUGGGGAGAUGAGCCAGCCUCCCGCCAUCCCCCAUGAAGUUUCUGUGAGGUGUGGGAACCCCAGAUUGGCAUGUUAAUAAAGGUAGAUCUGAUUGUGUG